UUCGUAAAAUGUGCAGUAAACUCAGUGGCGUCGCUGUCGCGUUUGCUCAAACAAGCGGUUUCGAAUUCUGAUGUCGAGUUUGUUCCGUUUUCUGGUUUCAAUCUCAUCAAAACCCAUUUUUCCCUCGCAGAUUAACAAACGCUCUAUCUCAGUAUUGGCCAUGGAGAAUCCAUCAUCUUCUCUAUUAAUUUUAUGCGGAAAAUCACCUGUGGAGAUUGAAGUCGCUCAUUCUUUGAAGAACAAUAAGAAUUUGAAGCUUCCCGAUAACACGGACCUUCUGCUUCAUCUGCAAUCGGAGAUGGAAGAACAAACUGAAGAAGAGUCGUUUCGGAUAAAAUACUACAUGAGUUCCCUUUCUACUGAUUGUUUCGGUAAAUUUCUUAUUUGGUCUCCGCGGUUGACUUCGACGCACGAUAUCGUUUCUCACAAUUUCAGUGAGCUUCCUGUCGGUACUGUCUGUGUUGCUGAUGUUCAGUUCAAAGGGAGAGGUCGUUCGAAGAAUGUGUGGGAGUCUCCAAAGGGUUGUCUUAUGUUUUCGUUUACCUUACAGAUGGAAGAUGGGCGUGUUGUGCCUCUUUUACAAUAUGUGGUGACUCUUGCAAUGACGGAGGCACUGAAUGCCAUUUGUGAUGCAAAUGGUUUGCCACAUCUUGGUGUUAAAAUAAAGUGGCCCAAUGAUUUGUACUUAAAUGGCAUGAAAGUUGGAGGCGUCUUAUGCACUUCAACAUAUAGAUCAAAGAAGUUCAAUGUCAGUACUGGAAUAGGUUUAAAUGUGGAUAACGAGGAGCCGACCAUCUGUUUGAAUGCAGCACUUCGAGAAAUAAGCUCUAAUGCUUACCAACUAAGGAGGGAGGAUAUUCUUGUGGAAUUUUUCAAGAAAUUUGAGAAUCUUUUUGGUAUUUUCUUGAAUGAAGGAUUUCAAGCUCUCGAGGAACUGUACUAUAAGUCAUGGUUACAUAGUGGGCAAAGAGUUGUCAUACAGGAAAAGGGAGAUGAUCAAAAAGUGGAAGAUGUUGUGGUUACUAUUCAGGGAUUAACAACCUCGGGAUAUUUGUUGGGCUUUGGAGAAGACAAUCAAAUGUAUGAGCUUCAUCCUGAUGGUAAUAGCUUUGACUUUUUCAAAGGGCUGAUCAGGAGGAAACUGGACUGAAGAAUAUUCCUGUUUUGAACCUUCCACCUUAAAUGAACCAACCAAUUCCUCACCAUGUGCAUGAACAAUGAUGCUUUUUUCCCUUUUUUACCUUUUAAUUACUUUUCUUAUUUCUUUGGAUCCUCCUCUUAAUCAAUAAUAAGAGACCUGAGAUUUCAUAAUUACCAGUGGUUGUACAGGUUUUUCCAUACAUACAAAUAGAAAAGAGAUGGAAUAUCUCUGAUCCCUUUGCCUAAUAAAAGUAAGUUUAGCCUUAUCUUGUCUAAUUUUCAAUUCAUUGGUAGGAGUCCUGGUCUCUUUCUUUGCCAACCUUGAAAGGAUUUGAAUGAUUAGGGUUUAUGAUUAAUUUGGUCU